AUGGCGGCUAAUACUACCACCAACCAUUUACAGCUGCUGCUGCCACUAGAACUCAUGAACAAAUGCACAGGAUCAAGAAUUCACAUCGUAAAGAAGAAUGACAAGGAAAUUAUUGGCACACCUCUAGGAUGCGAUGAUGUUGUCAAUAUGGUGCUGGAAGAUGUCAUGGACUUUGAAAUCAUACCAGAAAGAAGACAAAUUAAUAAAUUGGAUCAGAUAUUGCUAAAUGAAAAUAAUAUAUCCAUGCUGGUUCCUAAGAGGAGAAAGCCUUAA